AUGGUCAGAGACUGCAGACAUGAUACAGGAGAUGGUCAGAGACUGCAGACAUAAUACAAGAGAUGGUCAGAGACUGCGGACAUGACACAAUAGAUGGUUAGAGACUACGGACAUAGUUACAUAGUCUGGUUGAAAAAAGACAAAAGUCCAUCCAGUUCAACCAUAAAAAAAGUUAUAAUCUUAUACCCACAGUUGAUCCAGACAAAGGCAAAAAACCCAGCAAAGCCUGAUCCAAUCUGCUCCUGCAGGGGACAAAAU